UCCUCUCAGCUGGCCGUCAAUUAGCGCCGUUUGCCAUUUGAAUGGUGAUUUCUUGGUUCUCUAGAGGCUCUCUAGAGGCUAGACACUAGACUCACUUGCCAGUAGAAUCGCGCAGAAGAGGGCCCUUGGCCACUUUCCGCCAGUGGGGCAUUAAUCAGUUGCAAGACGAUCGAUUAGCGGUUAACAAGAGUCCCGCCACCGUGCAACCGAGCUCCGAGCUGCACGUCCGACCAACCUCUCCGACGAGCGCCCAUAUCCCGGAAUACAUAGUAGAGAACAGACUUCGACAGAAGCACAUAUAGAGAUAUAUGUUCGCAAAUAUCAAUCGAUGAUUGGUCCAAUAAAUUUUGAGUGAAAGUGAAAUAAAUAUUUUUCGAAUUACCUAAUCGGCUGGCCAUUAACGUGAGCUGCCAAAGUGUGAGUGAUUUUUUGGUCGAGUGCGUGGUGAAUAAAAUUUAUAUAAUACGCGCCAGCAACAGCGGCUGUUUUUCUCGGCGAGAACACUCAUUGCAUCUUUGACCGUCGGAGGACUCGGAUUCGGAUUCGGAUUCGGAUUACGCAAUGGCCGCCGAAGAGACGGCGCUGACCGGCGUCGGAGAGCUGAUUUUCUCGCUGAUAAUCGGCUAUCUGGGCGCCCUGGAGUUCGCCUUUGUGGCGAGACACCUCUACCACUGGACCUUCCGGCAUCCGAGUGACUCUUCCGUGGACGCAGCCGCCGAUGCGGAGGAGCUGCCCCGAAUGCGCGAGCGACUGGACAAGGAGAUAAGGGAGGCGGGCGAGAGGGAGUCCCUCGCAGGCACGAAUGUCAUGGAAGACGGCGUCCUCUACUCUAAAGGCUUCCGGGUGACGCCUUCCGGGGAGCCAGUGGGAAAACUGGAAGCUGAACUGGAGCGCCAGCAGCAAAUAGAGGCCGAAACGCGACGCCAACUGGCGGAAGCGGAAGCCAAGUUGGCGGAGGAGCGCCAAAGGAUCCAGAGAGAGAAGGAGGAGGCCGAGGAGCAGGCCCGGAAAAUGGCAGAGGCCGAGAGGCAGCGGGAAAAGGAGCAAGCGGAAAGGGAACUGCGCGAACAGAGAGAGCGCCAAGAGCGGGACAUAGCCGAGAGAGAUCGCCUGCAGCGCGAGGAGAACGAGAGAAGACUCAUAGCAGCGGAGAGGGAGCGCGAGGAGAACGAGCGCCGGCUGCAGGCUGCGGAAGAGCAGCGGGAGCGCGAAGAGAACGAAAGAAGACUGUUCCAAGCCGAGCAGGAGCGCCAGGAAGCUGAGCGCCAACGAGAGCUGGCCGAAGCCGAGGCAGCCGAGGCCGAGAGACGCCUCUUCCAAGCGGAGAAGCAGAGGGAGCUCGACCAGGCAGCCGAGGAAGAACAGGCUCGCAAGGAUGCGGAAAUCGUGGAGCGCCUCCUGGCGGCGGAGAGGGAGCUCAACAUGAGCGCCACCGAGAGCGAGCUGGAAGAGGACGCGGUUCUGGCCGAACAGAGCCGUCGGCUAAUCUCCAGCAAACAGGACCUGGAGCAGAAGCAGAAGAUGAUCGAGGAGAACGCCAGAAGAUUCCUGGAGGCUGAGGAGGAGAUGGUGAUGCUGCAGCAGCGCCAGUUGCAGGCCAACCGCAGCAAAGAGGAGGAAGAUGAGUACGCCGGAAUGGAACCCGUGUGUGAGGAGCCGUGUGUGAAGAAGUUACUGCCGCCCCGCUUCGAGGAACCCGAGGUGGAGGAGCCACUGGUGGUGCAGAAAGUCAAAACCCAGUUUGGUCAAGGCAGCGGCUCCGAAGAGGGCCUGGUCAAGUCCAUAACUCUUACCUUCCCGGGCGUCUCCGAUGAGGGAUCCUCCAUGGAGCCCAUGUCCAGCCAGAAGUCCUCGUUCAGCACCCAACUUUCCGAUGAAAUCAAUCGAGCAGGAGAGCGACCCGAACCGGAGGGAGAGGAUCAGGUAUCCGAUGUCCAGUACACCGAGGAGUAUCUACGAUCUCUAGACGGAAUCAAGAAUCGUCCUUUGGUCCGGGAGGAUGGCUCGGGAAGGCGGAGAGCCUUCAAGAAACGACGCUCCAGUGGCAGCUCCAACUCAUCGCGUGACUCACGUGCCUCACGCGACGAGGAGUUGAAGAUGUUCACCUCGCUGGAGGAGGAGGAGCUGCGACAUGGCGACCGAGAGGACUACAAUCCCAUCAAGUACACCAGUGAGCCCACCUUGAAAGUCAAGCAGCACCAUCGACGCCACAAGCGGAGUCCGGCCAAGGACGUGAAGCCACCGCCCGAGGCCAGUGGCUCCCUGGAGAUGCUCGGCGAGGAGAGCACCAAUCCUUGGGGUGAGGUGGUACCGGAACACUACAAGGACACCGAGUUCUGGAAGCGGGAGAAGGCCUUGUCCAUUGACGAGGAGGGCGUGGAGCUAGAGAAGUCCACCCGGGGAGAGGAGGUAGAGGACGAAGCCACCAACGAACCGAAGUCCUCGUCCUUCGAGGAAGCCACAGAGGCGCAGAACGAACAGGCGGUGGAAUCUUUAAAGAAGCAACACUCCAAGGAGCAGGCGGACAACGAAAAGGAGAAGGACACCUCGCAGGCAGCGGAUAACAGCGACAGCAACAAAGCCAAUCUGCAAACCUCCUCUGCCACGGAGGAGCAGUCGAGGGGUGGCUCACCUGGCCUGCGUCGCAGUCCGCGCAUCGACGAGAUGGAUCACUACGAGGAGCGCUGGUCCGCCAGACAGGAGCCACCACCAGAGCAGCCACCGGCGGGAGCGCCCACCAUAAACAUCCACCAGCCACCGGAUACGGCCCCGUGGCGGGAUGAGCACGGACUCCUUAUGGAGGGACUCAGCGAUUUUUAUGACUUCACGGCCUCCGUCAACCCCUCCAGAUCCCGAUCCACCUCGCGAAAUCCCUCUCCAGUACCCAAAAAUGUGGCCAACCUCAUGGAUGUGGACGCGGAAAAGUCCCUGGAGGUGUACGAUGACACCCAGGAGGGAGUGAUGGCGGGAGAACUAAACUGCGAAUCUGUUCUGCAACUAUUGGAAUCCAAUUUGAAUGAAAACGAGCACCAGGACAACCAAAUCCAAGUCCAUAAUGUGGCUGAUGACGCCAGAAAUGGCAAUGCACUCGUCCCAAUGAUAUACGAGACCUUGGAGGCUCCCCGGGAGGAGAGAGGACGAUCACGAUCCCGCUCUCGGUCCCGUUCACCGCUUCCCACUUCGGAAAACCUGGAGCGGAGCAUCAGCAAACGCAGGAAGAGAUUGAUCAAGCAGAAUGACGAUCUGGGUGAGAGGUUGUCCCACUCGGGCACGGAAGGUGCCAUGGAGAUCGAAACUAAUGGCAACGGCAGGGCAAGUCCCCAGUCAGAAGAGGCUCUUCCGCAGCCCGUGAUAGAAAUCAAUCAGAUGGCGGAUGCACCAAUGGAGGAUCUGGAAACGACUCCCGAACAGAUGCUCCUCUUUGUGGAAACUCUGAGAGCCGAGAGGUGUGCCCGCUCCCAUUCACGAUCCCGAUCCCGCUCCCGGUCUCCGCUGCCCACGUCGGAUAACAUCGAGAAGAGCCUGGAGAGUCGUCGACUGAAACGCAUCCAACACAAUGACCAGAUAUUCGAGAAGCUCCAGCUUCAAAUGCAAUCUCCAGAGGUUAUAGUGGAGUCUGCCGCUCCCCCAAUGUCACCAGAGAUUAUAGUGAAAGGUUGUUCCCCCACAGGAUCUCCUCCAGCGUCUCCUUUGCCCAUGAUAUGCAUAGAAAUUGCGGAGCCACCGCCCGAGGAGGAAGCUAAGCUCGAAGCAGAGCCGGAAGAUACUCCGGAGAGCAUGGCCAGGUUGUUUGAGCAACUGCGUCUCAACCGAGUCCGUUCCCAUUCGCGGUCCCGCUCCCGUUCUCCCCUGCCUACCGCCGCCAAUUUGGAGCAAAGCCUCCAGAAGCGACGUGAGAAACUGAUUGCCCAGAACGAUCAGUUCUUUGAGGUCCUUCAGGAGAGGGCAAGGACUCCGGAGCCAGAGACACGUCUGACAGUGGAAUAUGUCUACGAAUUUGUCCAGGAGACGGAGGAAUCUACUAUUGAGACCCGUGACAUGCGCUCCUUGUCGCCUUCUCGGUCCAGAUCCAAGUCACCGUGCCGCUCGCGGUCCAAGUCUCAGGGUCAAGUAGAGGCGGAUGACUUCCACUUGAUGCUCAACCUGGAGGGCAGUGAGCUGCGUACUCUUCGGAAGAAUAGCGAGGAGGUGGAGAGCGUGUUAGCCUCCAGUGUUAAGCAAAGGGAGGUGGACUUGGAGGCCCUGGAGAAGCUGCACAACGCCCAGGAGGAAAUCGAGCUGCGUGUCCUUAGCCCCACAGCUUCGGAGCUGGAACGGGUGGUUGAAAUGACCAAGGAUAUACCGGAUCUGGAGCGCACUGUUUCCGAGAUGGCCCAGGAACUGCAGGACGAGCUAAUGGCCAGUGGCUUUAAGCGCUCCACCUACGUGGGAGAGUCCCUGGACUUGGGAAGUGACCAGUUCAGAGAUCUUCGACGCGAAGCUGCUGAAUUUGAGAGAUCGAGGAGUCCCUCGCCAGGACUAAGCUUUGAAGAGGCCCGGGAACAGGCAGCGGUCCAAAGGGAGCUGCAAGCCGCCAUCCUGGACUCCCUAACCGAAAACCGUUUAGGAGCCAAGCCAAAGACCUUCUCCGAGGAGCGAUCGGUUCAGUCCCAGGAAAUGUCACCCGCCGAGUUGGACGAUCUGCGUCAUCGCACCGCCGAGUUCCAGAGAUCUCGUAGCCAGAGUCGUUCGCCCCUGCGGGAGGAAGAACUCAACCAACUGAAGGACAUUGAGGCAGAGGUAGCCAAGCGGGAGCUGCAGGAUCAGUUGCUGGACAAGCUGGCCGCCUCGAGCAUUAACUUUGAGAACUUUUCGCGGAAUCUGAAUGCCGAUUUCCUGGACAGCGAGCGCCGGGCUUCGGACUCGGCCUUGAUGAGUGAACUGGAGCCGGAGGAAUACCACCACUUCCGGCGCUAUUCCCUGGCCCAGGAGCAGCCAGUGGAGGAAUAUCCAAGCGAUGACUAUGUUUAUAUUUCGCAAAUCGAGGUGCGCACCUUGACGGGCACCAGAACCUGGUUGAAGGAGGACUUCUACGUUCAGGAGCCGGAUGAUUUUGCGGGCUCCAGGGAUGAAAUGGUCGAUCAGGAGUCAUGGGCCAGAGCAGUCCUGGCGGCCGAGGCUGAGGCAGCGGAGUUCGACUCCACCAAUGCCAUCUACAGAUACGAUAUAGUUGGCGACCACGAGAAUCUCGACCAGGAGAGGAGCAGCUCCAACGAGAGCGACGACAGGCAGACAGUGGUGGAGAUCGACGACGAAGACGACUACGAGUUCGAACUGGACGAGGGAAUCUCGGAUAACAACGAACGCACCCAGCCCACGGAUGAGUCCCACCACGACACCUCCGAGUGCGAGGAAGCGGAACGGAAUACCGAUCGUUAUGCCAAUCGCGGAGCCCAGGAUUGGGAAGAGGUUGACGAUGCGGAGGACUUCUUGGACUACGGAUUGGAUGACGGAGCUGUUGGAGGAGCCACCCCGUACUCCGAUCCGGAUUCGUUCAUUGAACAGAUCUACAACGACGCCAUUAAGAACAGAAAGCAGUCUGGAAUUCUGAGGGAGUACGAGACAAUGGUCCAGGAGCAGCUCCCGUCGGAUACUAGCGAGUCGGAGAAGGAAAAGUCCGGCUCGGAGAGUGAGCGGUAUGCCCUCUGGGCCAAAACCAGGGAACUGGAGAGAUCUAGUUCCGCGCAUCGUCAUGCCGAUGUGGAUAUUGCUUUGGGACUAGUUCCGGAAAAUGAUCGGAGGGAGUCGGAGAUGCGGUACCUGGGGGAUGCCCAUGUGGCUGCCCGGCAAUCCACGAGGUUGCGAACCCGCUACGGCUACAAUCCCAAGCUGGAAGUCGGCGCCCUAGAAGAUGACAUCGAGGUGGACUUGAAUUACAAACCAAAAAGGGAAUACAACUGGCGGAAGAACUUCCGCCUCGACGACAAUGAUGAAGUGGAAAACAAUGGAACAGAGAAUGAGAAUGGAAAUGAAAUGGAUGAGGAGAUUGGAGAUCAGUUGGAGGAAUCAGAGCUGCAAGAUCCUGCAGAAGAACAGGAACAGAACGAAGUCCCUUAUAGUUACGAAGAAAACGGAGAUGUCAAUGGAGAGCCGGUAGAUCUUCGUCGUUAUAGUCUUGGAGGCGAAAGUAUCACCCUGUUUAGUCGCAGUCCUGUUCGUGAACUACUCGCGGACGUGCCCGAGGAGCUGCCCCAAGAUGAAGAGCCGCCCAAAGAAUAUCCAGAAGAGGCAGCUGCUGCAGAAGAGCCACCCAUGGAGAAGCCCAAAAAGAAGAAAAGCAAAAAGAAGCUUCGCAAAGAAUCCAAAACCGAGGAGGAGCUAAGAGAUGACAACGAUUCAGAUACCCAAGCGGGAUACUCCCGAAGAAACGAUGACCCGGAGAUGGCAGAGCCUCCCAAGAGAAAGUCCCGAUCACGUCGCAGCUCCAAGAGCAGCAUAACCAAUGAAGAUGGUAACGGACUCUUCUCGCCCAGAAGUAGUCUGGCCUUUGUGGGGGAAGCCCUGGAGGGAAUAGCAGAAAUGGAGUCCCAGGAUCGCGACGAGGGCCAAUCGUCGCCCAAGAAAAAGACCAAGAAGCGCAAGAAGGCUUCCACCAAGGAAACUAAAGAAGAGACAAAAGAAGAAAUCCAACCACCUCUUCCGGAAGACUCCCACCUAGAUCAGGCCUUGGCAGCAGCCCUGGCAGAGAUAGCCCCCGUUUCCGUGUCCACCAAUUUGACUCCAGAAUCAACGCAGCAGAACCUACUCUCCAUUGUCAGUGCCGGGAAUAGUGUCUGCCUGACGCCAGCAUCGUCGAUCGAGGCGAUUGGAGAUUCCCCAACGAUCGCAAAUGUUCCGGCGGUGGCUGCUGUGGCGCCCGCCCGAUCCGUGGUGGACACUUUCGACAUCCUCAAAGACGCCAACUUUUAUCCGCUUUUCUAGAACAGCGCUUGGUUCGAUCACUAACCCCACUCUAUCACCCAUUUGAAUGACUCUCUAUAUAUUUUUGUUUUAUAGACAUGUUCAUAAGCCAAGUCACGUCAAGCCAAGCACAGCCCAGCACAAUUCAGUCCAGUCUAUGCCAAAUAUCCACAAAAACCGAGCACGCUGUACACGAAACCAGACCCAGUUCCAGAAUCUUGCCCAGAAUCCAGAAUCCAGAAUCUAGCAACCAGUAUCCAGCAUCCAGCAUCCGCUCCUCUGACUGAGGGAUCGAGAUCCUUGAUCCCGCUCUGUAUAAACUAUGUAUUAUACUAACGAACCGCAAACUAUAAAAAUGAACCCAAGAAUCAUCGAACGAUUGAAGGAUUGUUUACCUUAGCUGUUAGUUUAUUUAACGAUUUUGUCUUAAUAAAAAGAAUAAAUAAAAACGUGAAUGCCGAGAAUAAAUGCCAACUGAAUAAAUGAAGAAAACAUUUGGUUCUACACUGGCUGCUAAAAAUAUCGCCACCCAUACACCCUCCCGAAUUUGUAUCUGCGGUUUGUGCCAAUUCUGCAUCGGCCACCGAAAUACUCGGGCAUUGAGAUCAUUCAUGCCGCGGCACCGUUGUCAUCCAUCCAUGGGUGCACCACCAAGUGCACUGACACUCACAAGGGGGUACGGAGAUAUAAUGAGGUAUGGGGACCCAUAAAUCGUCCCACAAUUACCCAUAUACACACAUCUGUAUCUAUAUAGCCGGUGUAUCGUAUAUGCGUUGUAUGUUGGCCCAAUUUGCAUUUUGGCUCCUUUCCCUCGAACAUGAUGUCAUCGUUUUGACACACGAGUAUUACCAAUGAGCCCGUUGAGGGGCCAGCACAUAAAUCCCGAUGCAAAUCGCUUGCCAUCUAGAUUUACUCGAUUCUUAAUGCUCUUGUCAGUCUGGCAAAUAAGCCAAAACAAAAACCGUCUGUCUUUCGGGGGUCUUAUGUCGGAAUAAUACGAUCUAAGGUCAGGGCUAAAUGGCAUUAAGUUUGGCAUGAGUUUUGUCUUCAAAAGAUAUGUGGGAGAUCUUUUAUUAUUCUUAAGUGUAAAAUAAAUCGAGAUGGAUAAGUUGGAAUAUCUUUAUAAAACUCUAUAGAUAAUCAUAUAUAAAUGAAUCAUAAAACCCAAUCAUUUUUGAACACAAGUAUAUAUAUUUUGAUGCUUUAAAAUUUUCUUAAAUAAUAGUUAAGUACAAAUAUCAUUCUUCUCCAAUUAAUAAACAAAUAAAACUCAAACUAUAAGAAACCUAAAAGUUAUCAGAAGAAUAUGGAAUAUCGUAAUCCCGAAAAGUAUGCUACAGAAAUCAGAAAAACAGAAACCAUUUUGUUCGCCCGCGACUCUUUCCGCUUCAAAGGAAAAUAUAGUACCGUGUUUUUGAAAUUGUUCUUUUUGGUGAAAUGCUGCUGUCAUAUUUUAUAUGUCGUAUCUUUAGUCAAAUUAAGCUAAAGCCGGCCACUGAAAGGCGACAAAGGUUCGCAAAGAUAACAAAUUAUUUUCGCGACUGUCAGUCGGCCCCAAAAAUGGGGGAAAUUGGAAAUGAAGAAAUGAAAAAUUCCCAAAAUAUUUAUGACAGGCCAACAGGAAAGUGUGUCACUCGAGUGAUUUGUUUACGCAGCUCACUUGGCUUUGUCCACCACCAACCUCUACCUCUACACGGGGUCUAAACGGACCAUUUGGAGCAUCUAUCCGUAUAAUUCAGUGUCUGUAAAACUAAUUACGUAAUACAGAAUAUACAGCAAAUAAAUGUACUUGUAUCUCUCCGAACUUGCGUUAGAGCCACAAGCAAACAAACGUGGCCAGAACGUUGCCAAAAAGUCUUAUUCAAUAGUUUCGUCUUUGACAUGAAUUCAUUUUUCUUACGGGGCACACUUAAAAGCCUGCGGUUUUAUUUUCUUUCAUAUUUCUCCAACGUUUUCCCCCAGAAACCCCUUCUUCAGACACAAAGUACUUGUAGAAAAUAUGUAUUCCUCUGCGGUCUGCGGGAAAUCGCCUUAAAUAUUUUUUAAAAAAAUUCACUUGAAUAUUGUGCGUACAGCUGCUGGUAAAUGAAUUUUUCAUAUUCAGUGUCAGUUAAAUGAAACACCUUUCUUCUCCCAAAAAUACACACGAGAGUCAUCAAUUUCAUGCAUUUUAUUUCAGUAUUUUUCAAUAAUUUUUAAAUCAUUUUCAAAUAACAUGAUUUAAUUUGAAUCGCAUGGACCGGACGAAAGACAAAUUAAAAUCAGCAGCUGUUUUUCGGUGUCAUCUAGAAUCUAGAAUCUAGAAUCUAGAGAACCAAACAAACUUAAACUUGAACUUAUAGGCACUGCCCGACCCCCCACAGAUCGACAUAAAGUGUUCGCCCCUCUUGAUUACACAGAAUUGGCAUGUCUUGUCGCUUUUUUGAAUUUGGCACUCAAUAAAAAACACGAAAAUACGUUGGAAAAUAUACGCCUGCCAUGGCCUGGCAUGGCUAUAUGUGUGGUAUUAUUUAUAUAUAAAUUUAUGACCCAAUUAACGCCUAAACGCCUGCGUGAAAAACGCCAAAUAACCGCCGCGGCGUCAGAAAAAAAACUUUUUAUCAAAGAUUCGCAAAAUGCAACUUAUUUUUAGAGAAACUCGGAGAUUGCAUUACACUCGACGGCUCCAAUGCCGGGGCAGUGGUGUCUGUGGCAGAAAUAGUUGGGUUGGGGCAACAACUAAUAAAUAUGCACAUGCAAUGCAUUACUAUAUUUUAUGUACACGAACAUGCACUUGAUAGAUAGAAAAUAUAUAAUAUAUGUCUGGGCUCUGGAAUAGUUUUGUGGCCCACUUAAAAGCUCUGACCAUUUUUGUUAUUAAAAUUUUUGUUUUGAAAGAAAUUAUACUUCCUUGACCUUCGCCGGGAAAUUUAUGUUGUAUUUAUUUGGUUUUAUUCCCCUUUAGCCCAUAAAUUCUGCCCAUCGCGGCAGUGAAUCAGUUUACAUCAACAUUUUGAUUUUUAAACAAUAAGUUUUUGUUUAUUUUCGCAUUUUGAUAUGUAUUGUAGAUCCUGGUCUAGGGGGAGAGGUUUCUAGCCUUGGUAAUUGAUUUCUACCACUGAACUGUCACUUUUGGCUAUUUGUACUUGCUCACCUUGAUGGCCGACUGCCCUUAGGUGUCGGCCCAAUUUGUCUAAUGGAAGUUUGCUCUGCUUUUCCACAAACAUUGGCUAUUAAUUGGGCUAAAAAAUAUUAUAUUAUAUGCCGAAACCAGGCGUCGAAAUUAAUGGCCAACCGGAUUGAUGAGGUCAUUGGGAAAGAGUGCUCUGCUAAUGGGUUAUAAUCUAUGCUGAUAGAUCCAUCAAAUGUCAGAAUGUCAGAGAGAUUCAUGAAAUAAUAUUAACUAUUUCUUAUAGACUUGUUUGUAUAUGAAAUUACACAAUCUUUGGAAUUAUUUGGGCUAUUCGCCGGCACACCUGUUGGUCCGUUUUAGUAAACACACGACCCCUCAUUGGCAUUUCAAUCCCAACGAUGUCUGUAUGCCGAAUGGUGUAAUUUUUUUUCGAAAAUCAAGGAAUGCCAAUGCGCCACUAAAUUCGAUUUAUUAAAUACCAUUACGCUAAUAUAUGGAUAUCUAGAAGAACCCACGCAGAUCACACAAGAUCAAUUAGAAAAUCUUUCUAUUUGGAAUUCAAAGAGGUACGGUUCGGGUGCGAUAAGUAAAUGCCAGACUUGGAUCAUCGUUUUGGUUUUAAUUCAAUAUUUAUGCUUCAUUUGGGGAGGGAUUCUGUGCUGGGCAGUGUGCGAAGAAAGAGAAAAUUUUGAAUUUUCAAAUUUCGAGAGUUCCGAGAGUGUGUGUGUGAGCUGGUGAGAGUUUUCCGACUUGUGUGUCGUGUGCACAAGCGCCAGCAACAACUAAGACCCAUAAGGAAAACACACUACAUCGCAGUGUCGAGGAGGGAGGGGGUGAAAGAAAAUUUAAAAUUUUUCAAAAACCCCUGACAAGCUGUUCCGGAGGGACCGGAGGGGUCAUCCCGGCUGCCACACCCCUGUGACCGGCAGACGGCGGUCGGGCAGGUGUGCCACCCCAGCCACCCACACCUCUUGGCACCUGCGAGAUGCGUUUGCUUCGAUUUUUCAUUUACUAUUUUUAGCGGAAAAGUCGCACGAAAUAUUGCAUGCAAAUUGGCCAAAAUUGCUGAAGAAAUUGGCCAAUAUUUUUGUUAAUUAUUGGCGAUAUUUACAUUGUCCACCGCAAUAUUUCAAAUCGUCUGUCUCCGCGGGUUCGGGUUCUACGAUACCAUAUAUCUCACUCCACCUCUUUCUCUGUCUCUCUCUCGAUGGGGGGAAAUCUCUAGAGACGGCGAUAGUAGUGCGCUCUUCUACGAAUCGAGUACUGGUACUCUCCGAGAUUUUAUUUUUACACUUGGCGGUGGCGAAACUAGAUACAGAGAUACAAAGAUACAGAGCGGUGCAGCACAGCAUCUCGGGCAUUUCGAGCAUUUCAAAAACCAUUUUUGAAAGCAUUGCGCCAGUUGAGAUCCCGACUCGGCAAAGUUCAUAACGUUCUGGACCUCGAUCGAAUCGAAUCCAACGCGUUCGCAAUACAAAAGUACACAUCAAAACUAAACACAAAUACACACGCUCGACCAGAACACG